AUGGAUGAGCUGACAGCAAUAAAGGCAGCAGUGGAGAAGGCCAAGGAUGGGCUGCCUGUUGCCCGCUAUCACUCGAACAUGCUCCGGUUUUUGUGCCACGAAAUGGAAAAGGUGGAACACCUGCUGCCCCAAUUGCACAGAGAAACUCCACAGAACGUCUUGCAAAUCUUGAAAGAUGAAAUGGAGAGGGGUGCACGCCUGAUCAGCAGACAUGGUAGGCGUUUUGAUCUUCGGAACUUCAGCAAAGUGGAUCUAGUCAGUAGCAAUGUGGAGCAAAUGUGUUUAGUGUUCAGAGAAUGCCUUUGUGACCUGGGCUUGGAAGAGGACACCAUUGACAUCAAGACAAAGAUGGAUGCGGACAGUGUGGCCGAGGACCAACGCUAUAUGUAUUGGUAUCUAACCUGCAUCCUGGAAGGUAGAGAUGUAGAUAGGCAGAUACCAGAUGGAAUUAGGAAGGAAUUGGAGGAGCAAAUGAUGAAGCAAAAGCACAGGAUGGAGUUUGUCACUAUGAUACCAGAACAAGAAAUUGUGCAGAUGGAGAAAAUUGGCGAGGGCGGUUGUGGCCAGGUGUUCAAGGGGUGUUGGAAGAAUGUGCCAGUGGCCAUCAAGAUGCUGAGGAGCGACCUGACACCAGAAUCGAGGGCUGAGUUUCUGAGUGAGGUUCAGCUUCACAUUCAGCUCAGUCAUCCGAAUGUGGUUCGCUGCCUUGGUGCAAUGGCCUCCAAUGGCAUUGUUAUGGAGCUGGCUUCAACAGACUUGGAGAAGUUCUAUUGGAGGCAAGGAGAUGAAUGGGACUGGCUCAAGAAAUUGCAGCUGAUGUUGAAUGCCUGCUCUGGUCUGCAGCAUCUGCACAACAAUAAGGUAGUUCAUGGCGAUAUCAAGACAGCAAACUUUCUGGUGUUCGAUUCGCCACUUGAAGAAGGUGUGGUUGUAAAAAUCUCGGAUUUUGGGUUGGCUGCCACUAAGACCGGAACAAGAUCGAAGACUGCCUUUCCGAUGGCAGGCACAUUUUUGUGGAUGGCACCAGAGCUUUGUGAAGGGGCUGCUCAGGCGUUCAGCGCCGAUGUGUUUUCCUUUGGACUGGUCCUUUUUGAGCUUUCGGCUUUGAGCCCCCCUUACAAAGGCCUGAACUCCAAUCCCAUUGUACUCCAGAGGAAAAAAGACGGGAAGAAUCCAGUUCCCAUUCCGGAAGACUGCCCUGAAGCACUGUCAAGGCUGAUGAAGCGUUGUAUUGCAGUGGAACCCUGUGACAGACCCACGAUGGAGCAAGUCGGCACAAGACUGACAGACAUUGUCCAGCAGGCAAUGGCGUCAACAAGUGCAAACAGUGAGGUGGCCUUGACUGGCAUUCAGCCCUGUCAGCCUCCCAAGGGACCCACGUUGCCGCGGACCCCCCUUCCAGUGUCCAAGUUGGUCCACAGCUCCACCGAAUGGCGCGAGCUGGCUGAGCUCGAGCGGGACAACCCAGCCUACGAGGCGGUCCGCGUGGUGGGCCGCGGGACCUGUGGCGUCGUGCUGCUGGCGUGCAACAGGGGCACGGACGUGCCGGUGGCCGUAAAAAUGAUCCCUCGAAGCAAGCUGGUGAACGAAUGUACAGAGCGGGAGGUUUUGAAUCACAGAUUGUUGUACCAUCCGCAUGUGAUUCAGUUUCAUGAGGCUUUUUUGACCCAGGGGAACCUGUGCAUUGCAAUGGAGUAUGCAGAAGGGGGCACCCUUCUUUCGUAUGUGCAAGCAAGGAAGCGUCUGGCAGAGCCUGAAGCUAGGCACUUCUUUCAGCAGCUCAUCAUGGGCUUGGACUACUGCCAUAUCAUGGGUGUAGUCAGCCAUGAUAUUCAGCUGGAAAACACACUGCUGGAUGGCAGCCAGCCACCCAAUUUGAAGAUAUGCGACUUCGUGUACUCAAAGGAUGAGUCGUUCGGGAAAUUCCCUGACCCAGAAGAGUUGCGAACAGCGAGGUAUAUUGCACCAGAGAUUGCCACUAACCGACCAGGGGCCUCAUUUGAUGGCAAGGUGAGCCUGAUUCAUUUUACUCGGUAUUCCCAGUCUGCAUUGUUCCCAUUUGCCUUUUGGUGGAUUCUGUGGCCUGUAAAGAUGGUGGGAUGA